AUGGCGCCGGCGCAGGGAGAUAUAGAAGGAAGCCAGAAAAGAAAGUAUGGGAAUUCUAGACCACUAGCGACAAACCUACCUCAAUGGAAGCGUCGAUUGAUGCAAAGGAAAAUUGAGCAAGAGAAACGAGCCAAACAGACUGAAACGGGGUUCACUUGUCGGUACCAGCCAUCAACCGACACGUCACCAAUGGAAUGCACAAAGAGGCUAGUUUGGGAGAGUUUGGGAUUCAAAGAUGGAAGAAACACAGAUGAAGAGGGGAAGGUGCAAAUCCACCCGGGAGAUGCUGGCUCUUUAUACAAACUGGAGCUGAAGCCAGACGAGGAAUCGUAUUUCCCCAAAGCCAUUAUUAAGUCAUACCUGCAAUACUACUUCUUUGGGAAGCCAAAUACUAUCGGCCAGCCAGCCAAACCCAGAAAGCCGGUGCUAUGCGAUCGGCCAGGAACGGGGCCCGGUCCGGGGCAAGUCGUUGGACGGCCUGGCUGUUUCUGCCUGAGGAUCAUGGAUGGCCCGCCCUUGUGCAUGGGUCUCCACGUUGCCGUUGUUGUCUCCAACUUUUCCUUUUUCGGCAUCGCGGACCAUCUUAGUGCGAAUGAGGCAACUGGAGUCAUUGUGGCUGGUUUGCCGGUUCACAGUUCACUGACUAACAAGAUGGCCGGUAAGGCCUUUGGACCACCUGCAUGCAGUGAGCUGACCGGACCGGCUGGAAGGGGGGCCAACACUCCACUUAGUAGGGCUGUAGGUUUCGAAAGGGGGUUUUGGUGUGUCAUGGUGGCCAGUGAGCUGCAAAUCAUCGCCGACGAUGCUGAUUUUUGCAGGUUUCUCUGCGUAAUGGCGAGCAUCAACGGAGGGGAAAAUGCCGCACUUGAUUGCUCUCCUCGGCUUAUCAUAUUACCAACCGGGGGUUUCUUUGAUGCCACUACUAGGAGCAGUACUAGAUACAGAGAGUAUCUUGUUCAGGGAUAG